AUGAUUGUUGUCUAUGGAUUCCCCCAGUCGGCUAGUGGCUGUAAAGAUUUCGAUGGUACAUGGGAUGAAUGCGUUCAAUAUUGUUUCCAUACCGAAACUUGUGUGUUUGUCACUCUAUUUACUGAUACAAUGACAUGCGUUGCUUGUUUAUAUGAGAAUGUCAUUUCUCAAAUUUAUCGUCGAGAGGAAGGAAACAAAGUUGUAAUCAAGAUUACGCUAGACAAAAAAUGGAAUGAUACAUGUCCACUAGGUAUCAAAUACGCACCAACGUUUUUAUCUAGCCCAGUUGUGAUGUGA